AUGGUGGUCGCUCAACCAUUAGUUACUUCCAACAGAGAACGAGAUGUGGUCUGUAAUGAUUAUACUCGGGUAGUACUAAACGAUGGAAAAGGUUCAGAUUAUAUCCAUGCAAACUAUAUAAGAGGGAGAGCCAUUAAUUUGCAUACUUGCUUCAUCACCUCCAUAUAUCAGGGUCCUCUGCCGACAACCAUAGUAGAUUUCUGGAGGAUGAUAUGGUUAGAAAAGGUGUCCCACAUUAUAAUGCUCUGUAGCAUACUGGAAUGUGGUAAGAAGAAAUGCGAGCAGUACUGGCCAGAGGAGAACGGUAAAAGUAUGACGAUUAAUGGUGAGAUAUUGCACUGA